UUGGCUCACUGUAACCACUGUCUCCUGGGUUCAAGCGAUUCUCCUGCCUCAGCCUCCCGAGUAGCUGGGAUUACAGGCAACCGCCAUCAUGCCCGGCUAAUUUUUGUAUAUUGGUAGAGACGGAGUUUCACCAUGUUGGCCAGGCUGGUCUUGAAUUCCUGACCUCAGGUGAUCCGCCCGUCUCUGCCUCCCAAAGUGCUAGGAUUACAGGCGUAAGCCACCGCGCCCGGCCAGAAGACUUUGUGGUCUCCUGUUUUUUAAGGAGACUUUUUCCCUUUUUAAGGAGACUUUUUCCCUUUUUAAGAAGACUUAAGAAGACUUUUUCCUUUUUUAAGAAGAAUUUUUCCCUUUUUAAGAAGACUUUGCGGUCUCCUGUUGCUCUCAGGACAAAAUUCAAAUCCCACCCUGCACCCCAGGCUCUUUGGGAUCUGAUGGCUGCCCGACUGAUGGCAGGGACAGCGCGCCAUGACCGAGAGAUGGCGAUCCAGGCCAAGAAAAAGCUCACCACGGCCACCGACCCCAUUGAAAGACUCCGACUGCAGUGCCUGGCCAGGGGCUCUGCUGGGAUCAAAGGACUUGGCAGAGUGUUUAGAAUUAUGGAUGACGAUAAUAAUCGAACCCUUGAUUUUAAAGAAUUUAUGAAAGGGUUAAAUGAUUAUGCUGUGGUCAUGGAAAAAGAAGAGGUGGAAGAACUUUUCCAGAGGUUUGAUAAAGAUGGAAAUGGAACAAUAGACUUCAAUGAAUUUCUUCUCACAUUGAGACCUCCAAUGUCCAGAGCCAGAAAAGAGGUAAUCAUGCAAGCUUUUAGAAAGUUAGACAAGACUGGAGAUGGUGUUAUAACAAUCGAAGACCUUCGUGAAGUAUAUAAUGCAAAACACCACCCAAAGUACCAGAAUGGGGAAUGGAGUGAGGAACAAGUAUUUAGGAAAUUUCUGGAUAAUUUUGAUUCACCCUAUGACAAAGAUGGAUUGGUGACCCCUGAGGAGUUCAUGAACUACUAUGCAGGUGUGAGUGCAUCCAUUGACACUGAUGUGUACUUCAUCGUCAUGAUGAGAACCGCCUGGAAGCUUUAAGCACGUGACCUGGGGACCAGGCCCUGGGACAGCCAUGUGGCUCCAAAUGACUAAAUGUCAGCUCAAAAACCAGAAUCGUAUUUGAUUUCACACUCAUCCUAAUGUUUUUUUCUGUGCCAAAAUACUGCAUUUUCUGGGGCCAAAAAACAGGCAGAAAUAAAAGACAUUGAGUAGCCAACUGUGAGUUUGCCUUGCCUAAGACUGUUUCCUUUGUUCUAAAAUAGGACUUAAAUAAAAUGAGCUCUGUAAAGCUCCUUGUGCUGUGCUGAUACAUGCAGGUGUCUAAUCAACUUUAGGUUUUAUCCCUUGGCCAUUAAUGAAAGCUUGAGUAUUUUAAUUAAAACCCUCACCCAUGCACCCAUAGUUUUUCUUCACCUCCUUUUAGAUGAUCCUUUUCUAGGUGAGAUGAUAAUAUAUCUCUUUUUAUGACUGAUUGUAAGUCUUUAAGUGUUUCAGUCUCAUUUGGGGACCAGAAGAAGACCACGUGUUAGCCUCAAUUUCUACAA